UCUCCAUCGAUCUUCUCUUCGAUAACUUUGGAGUGUUUUCAUAUAAAGAUUUAAAUAAAAGAACACUACAUGGCGUCCAUUUCUACAGAAGUUAAUAAAUGUAGUCUUGAUCAUGAGCUGUGCAUCUUUAAGCUUCACGAUGCGGUAAAGUCCGGACAUAAAGGCAACAUAGUCGAGCUCUUAAAAGAAAAUGAAUGUUUAAAUGCGGUUGAGAGCAACAAAAAUGGUGAUACGCCCCUGCAUGUUGCUGCAAGGUUAGGGCAUUUAGAGGUGGUUAAAUUCCUUCUUAAUGAGGUGGUUGAUUUUGAAGCAGGAAACAGUUCCGAUCUACUAGCAAAGACAAAUAAGAAGGAAAGUACGGCGUUGCAUGAAGCUGUGACGAUGAAUAAGUUGGAAAUUGUUAAGCUUUUAAUUGACAAAGAUUCAAAUUUAGUUUAUUCGAAUAAUAAAGAUGGAGAAUCGCCAUUGUUCUUGGCUAUCGAUAGAGAACUUGAUGAUAUUGCUAUUUUCAUUUUAAGUAAAGUUCAUUAUGUCCAUGGACAAGGAUUAUCUCAGAAUAGAAGUUGGUCAGGAAGGAAUGGUUUGAAUGUUAUGCAUGCAGUUGUAAUCCGUAACAAUGGUCGAAUAACACAGAAAAUCAAAGGAAAGCCAGAUAUAGAUACGGAUGUGAUGGAGGCGGUUUUCCAAAAAUAUGGUGAUGAUAUUUUACAAGAAAAAGAUAAGCAUGGAUGGACUCCUCUUCACUAUGCGGUACACUUGAACGAGAUAAGUUUGGUGUAUAGAUUUAUGUCGCCAGGCGGCUCAUCCCUUUGUUGUAUCCAAGACAAUGAAGGCAUGUCCCCUCUUCACAUUUCGGCCAGGAACGGUUCUUUUCGAGCAGCAUGUGCAUUAACCACAAAUCGUUUAGGAAUACAUAGUCGCAAGAUGUUCCAAUUAUUGGACAACAACGACCGAACUGUUCUACAUGUUACGGCGGAGAGUAAAAACACUUUAUUUUUUGCAUCGAAUAUAUUAUUUUGGGAUGAAUGUCAGGAUGUUAUAAAUUGGAAAGACAAAGAUGGAAAUACUUGCUUACAUCUUGCCAUCUUAAGUCGAAAUUAUGCGAUGGUAACAAUACUUUUAUACUUUGAUAAGGUUUACGGUGGAGUACUAGACAAAUACGCUGUUAAUAAUAAGGGGAUGACGGCCAAUGAUAUUUUGUAUGAUAACUACGACCCCAUCUUGGGUCAGUCUAUAUUAUUGUUAAUGAAAGUGUUCAGUUUCUGUUCACGGAGCUUGGAAAGUGUACAUCCAAAAGAAUCAUCCAACGAGACACUUACACGCGAGCGUAAACAAGACAAUGGUGAGAACAAAUUACACCCCAAGGACAUAGCACAAGAAUCAUCCAACGGGACACUUACACGCGAGCUUAAACAAGACAAUGGUGAGAACAAAUUACUCCCCAAGGACAUAGCACAAGAAUCAUCCACACAGAUACUUGCGUUUGAGCUUAAACUAGGCAAUGACAUAGCGAACGUCAACUUACUUGUGGCGACAAUCGUGGCAAGCAUCACAUUCGCUGCCGGUGUCCAAAUUCCAGGUGGAUACAACGAUGCUGGCAUGGCCAUCUUAAAAGACAAUGCGUCGUUCAAACUGUUCAUGGUCUUUAACUCACUGGCUUUCGGUUUCUCAGCUGCCUCAAUCUUCUUCAACUUUAAAUUGGCGCUAUAUCAAAAGCGGUUCUGUCGACCAACCUUCUCGGUCAUGGCCAUUAAUCUAAAUGUCGCGUCUAUUGCUUCAACGGUAUUGGCUUAUGCGAUGUCUACAAAAUCCACAUUGUUGGAUACCAAGACUUCUCCCUGGGUAAUUGCGUCCUCUGCCUUCGUGAUACCUGUGGCCUACUUUAUUAUACAUUUGUAUUUUUACUUUUUACGUCUUCUAAUAACGGGAAGGAAGUAAGAGGUAGACUAGGGCGUCCGUGUAUUACCAUUAUCCCUAUUACCACAUAUUAAGUACUACUACUAUCAAGAUUAAAAGCUUUGAUCUUCUUAUUCAAAACAGUUACUUUGAUUUAUAUUUAUGCAUAUAAGGUAAAUGUUGAUUUAUACCUAUUUCCAAUAAAGUUGGCAGUGCUGACAAUGUUUUGUUCUAGAGCAUUACCAAUGAAAUUUGUUCUUGGCAUCAAAUGGGCUUGGUCUUCUUUCUUCUCCAUAUAUGACAAAUAAAAUUAAAAAA